GGCAGGCAGGCAGGCAACCAGACAGGCAGGCAGCCAGGCAAGCAAGCUAGCAGGCAGCCAGUGCACCAGCCAAGACCACUAGAUCCGCUCGGCUUACCGACUUAGAGACUUAAGCCGGCAGGCAGUCCGAAAGGCUCAACCGGCUAAGCCUGGCGGACCCACCUACCAACCGACUUACGCGGCGCUAGCCACUACGACGCGUUUCAUCUACCGGCGGGAAAAUCAGGAUACACCGCUGCGACCGGCGGUACCGCCGCCGCCGCCUUCUUAUAUUUUCCUCCAUCGCCGUGUCCCGCUCCGCACUUCUCCUCUCUGACGUACGUUAAGGGCGGAGGUGACGAGUAGUGACGAGUGCUGCGUGAUCAUCAUCAUCGACGCGCUCGUGCCGACGACGACGACGGCGACGACGUCGACGUCGUUGCCCGCGGCCGCGGCGUUCGACGACGGUCGCGGGUAGGAGACCUCGUCGUUCUCGUACCACGCGCCUGUAAAUCGCGUGUAAACACUCACGUCGUGGAUUUCCGGAGUGAAAGACGAAAAUUUGGAAGUGGUGAUAAUAGGUAUAGAUCGUCGUGGUGUCGAGGGAAUGCCACGUUCACCCGGCGGGUGCGUCAAAUUAUCGGCGUAACUUUGAUUAGUGACAGAAGCCGGUGGAUGUUGGUGAACGACUCGCUGAAGAGAGUGGGUGACACGGGAGUGAUGAUCAACGUAGUGCUAGAUAUAUUGCAGGGAACCUUGAUUACGCCUUGUCCGUCAACCGUCUUAACGUAGUGACUCCGAAUCAUCGACAAACCUGCCCUAUGAACGUUUCGACAGAACUCACGCGGAGAACGUAAAAGCAUGAAGAAGAAUCGCGACAAAUCGUGAAUACUUAUAACGACUGACUCCAUCAAAGAGAGAGAAAUAUAGCAAAAGUUUAAAAGAUAAAAACGGUGGAAGAGCAAGAGAGGUAGAAGAAUUCACCUACCUCAGGUGGAAGAUGUUUAUGAGGAUGAUAGUGCUUAAGUAGUUUAACCUACUUAAACGACGUAUUUUAUAACUCUUAGCUUUUUUUCUUACGUAACACGACGACAUUGAACCGACGGUUAUCUGAUUUAUCAAGCCUCCGUGUCAUAGCGCGCGUCGUCCAUGUGAGUCCCACGUUUUUUUUUUUUUUGGGAAUUCUUUCGAAGUCUCGCGUGAAUUCGCGACCGUCCACGUAUUCCCGUCGGUCGAUUUUGGAUAUCGAGUACGCGCUUAUUUCGUUGCCGACGCUAAAGGAAACCGGAGCGUCAGCGAAGUGCCGACGGCAUAACGAACGCGCUGUGACCGUCUCUGGUAGAAUCGCACGAGUAUAAUUCUCAGAGGACAAACCUAUGUAAAAAAAAUCUAUCGAUCUCAUUACUGACUACGUCGACAACCGUCACGCAUCAUAUUCUUGAUAUAGAAACUUUGACGGGACCCGGUACGUCAAAAUUCUCGUGAGACAAGUACUCUCUUCGAAAGAAACAAGCUGAUGUUUUUGACUGUUAAUCGCCUCUAAAGAACAAUCACGCAGAUUCUUAUUGACGACGUGUACUCCGAUCUACGGAACAGAGAGAACGCUUGAAUGUGUCCUUAGAAGGAAGCAGCGGACAAACCGGCGUGAUCGCGCUGAUUCGCGGCCUCUCGCGGGCCAGGUUGAUCGUGUCACCGAGUCGUAAGGAACAGUCAACACGACGUUAACUUUCUACAGUAUGGAGCGGGGCGGCGGGGCCGGGGGGAGCCUCGAACUCGCCGGUGGCGGCGGCGGUGGCGGCGGAGGCGGCGGUGGUGGCGGCGGCAACGCGGAUCUGUGUCUACAGGACCUCGUGAUCGGGCCUACGAGCGGCCUCUCGGUGCAGCAUCACCAGCACGCGGUUGCGGCGACCGCCUCGAUGGCCGGCCUACACGGCGACCAUCUUCAGGGCGCAAUGCACCAUCACGAUCUCCACGGUAAUUCGCAUCACGACACCUCGAUGCUACACAACUCCAGCCACCAGCUGCACCACGAACCGCUAGAGAAACUUAAACUCUGGGCACAGAGUGACUUCGGGGACGAAACCAACGGGGGUCUCGCGAGGCUCGACGCGGGUCACGGCGCUCACACCCCCGGUGGUAGCAAUCCUAGUACACCGGGGGCGACCCCCACGACACCCUCCGGUGGAUACUCCACCGGGCAGCCAAGGAACCGUACGAACGCAACUCACAGGCCAGAUAUUCGAAAAGGUGUACGAACACCACCAGAAGUGAAACACGAAUUGGGUGCUGGUGGUGUCGUUUCUCCUGGAGUGGUCGGAGUCAACGAUACCGACGACAAGGAUGGUAAGAAGAACAAGAGGCAAAGGCGGCAAAGGACGCACUUUACGCAGCAUCAGCUUCAGAAUCUGGAGAUGACGUUUAUGAGGAAUCGGUAUCCAGACAUGUCAACCAGAGAAGAGAUAGCUUGCUGUACGAAUCUUACGGAAGCUCGAGUCAGGGUCUGGUUCAAGAAUAGGCGGGCGAAAUGGCGGAAGAAGGAGCGUAACGCGAUGAACGCCGCCGCGCAGGCCGCGGCGGAUUUCAAGUCGGGCUUCAGUACAGCCAGCCUGAACGGUUUUAUCGCCCAACCGUUCCCAGACCCCGACACCCUCUACAGCUCGUAUAGCACGUACAACAAUUGGGCCAAAGUGCCGUCGCCUUUGAGCGGCAAGAGUUUUCCCUGGAUGAAUACUCUGGGCUCAGUCGUGCCUGCAGCAUCGCAUCAUCACCAUCACGCUCAGGUCAGCCCAGUGAAUCCCUUUAACGCCGCAGCGACGUCGGUCGCGGGCAGCCACGUGAGCGGCAUGUCGGUUUCGGUCGGCCAGGCGGCCACGUCCAUGUUACCGGGCAUGGGUUCCGGUCUCGGUGUCGCGAGCUCGCCGGUCGCCGCGUCCGGCGCGGCGUGUCCGUACGCGGCGCCGGCGGCGCCGCAUCAUCCAUAUGGACCGCCGGUUUAUACGCCCCACCAUCGAUCGCCCGAAUCCUGCACGGUGAUGACAUCGAGUAGCAUCGCUUCGCUACGAAUGAAAGCGAAACAGCACAGCAGCGGUUACGGCGGCAGUGGCGGUGGUUCUUUCGCAGGCGGUACCACGGGCGGUACCACGGCCGGAAGUAUAAGUCCCGUAAGCUCGAGAGCGUCCGCCGCCUCGCCGACGCUAUCGUCGACGCCCUCGUCGACGACCUCGCAUCCGCAUUAUCUCAUGUACGAUGAGGACGGGGCCGCGGCGGACCAAAAAAUGGAAGUGGACGAGCGAGGUGUUAUCGAGACAAGUAACAUGGUGAAUCCUGAACAGGUUGUAGCUGCCACCGCCGGUGGUAUUGGCGUGGGAGUUGGUAUCGGUGUAGGGGGACCGGGUACGGCCACUGGAAGUGGUACCGGACUGACUGGUUACUGGCAACAUGCGACUACCGCUACCGGCUACUGGCCAUCGUUAUUCGACUGUUGGACGACGCCGCCGAUCGCGUCCGGUUCGCAGACGCUGUCUCUGCCGCGGGAUGACGAUUGAGGCCAGUAGAAUUUUAUUGACCACUCACGUUGGCGUUGUCCUAAUUCCCCCAAUUUAUCGCGAUAUCUCGUUUCGUUUCAUUAAAAUGUUUGAUAUCUUAGCGAAUAUAACUCGGAAAUACCAGAUUUAUAUCUCUGCCGAGAACCAAACGGAAAUAAUUUAGUUGUAGUAUAUUAAAAAAUAUAUGUAACCAAAACGACUUCUUCACAUGCCUUUAUAGAACUUAUAAAGGUACAAAAUUAUUUAAAUUGUGUUAAUCAGUAAUCGAUUGAAAUUGAACAUGUAAUGCAAAUUUUGUCGUAGAAUUAGAAAUAUUUGGUUUUUACAAAUUUUGAAUUUCACUGACAACUAAUAAUCUUCGAUUUUGGGAUCUUCGCGAAAAUUGAGGGUAAGGAAAAAGGGUAAAGAACUAGUGUCUAUCACGAUGAAAGAAUUGACAGAACUUACAGUUGAAAAUAUUUGAUUACAUUGUAAAUAACGAUUAUGCGAACAAUUGACUACGUCGGGCACGAUCGGCAAACUAUAAGUUCAGUGAGUUCGGUGAAAUCGCAUUUAUUCCUCGAGACAGAUAACAGUUAAUGGAGUACAAAAGUUAAACUUUCGCCGCGAUAAAAAGUAUGUUUAAUCUCCCCACCCCUCAUUUUCCUUUUAGGAAUUUAUUUUGACAAAUAUAUUUAUUUGUUCGAAUACGAUCCUGAAUAUGCAUCGCGAUAACAAAAUAAUAUUAUUUCGCUGAAAGAAACGAGAAGCAUAUUUCUUCGUGUGAUGUAAAUGCGCUAAUUGUAUGAAGCAUGUUUUAUUUAAUAAUUUUUUUUUUCGAUACGAUAUAAAAUGUGGGGUGGGGUUAAUUUCUAAGAACGACGGCGCUAAUAAAGAUCCCGUGCGGAUCACGUACUCACUAUUCUGUAGAUAUAUGUAUAGUAGAACGCCGGCUCUUUAUGCCGAGCGUAACUGUAUACCAAAAAAUUGUUACAUUGUAAUGACGAUAAUAACGAUUAUUCAGCAGAAUAUUAAAAUAUUAUAGGCUGUAAGUAAACGGAUUUAUGCGUUGUACAGUGUAUGGAACAAAGAGCAUUCGAUUAGGCGUACGUUAUAAAUCUGAAUUAGUAUUGUCGAAUAAUUACUAAAACAAUAUUCACAGUAUCCUCGCGCGGCGCGUACAAUUGGAUUUUUCAAGUCCAUCGAUUUCUCUUUCUCUUCGUACUCUCUUAUCGUUCCAACGACGGUGUUUAUCUUAUACGUAUAUACCCUUGAUUGUGUAACUAGAGAGGCGUUAACAUAACCAACGAAAAUGUCCUAUUUUUAUAAGUAGCUUAUUAUUUGAUAGACCACGCGUUGUGAGAAAACAAAACCAAAGUUAAACCCAAAAAAUAUCACGUAUGUAUAGUAAUUAUGCCGCGCGUCGAGGCCACGGAGAUAAUUGUAUAAAUUAUUACGCAUAACGGGGGAGUGUGGUGGUAUGUCGGGGAGAUUUUGACGGGGUGAAACGCGACGAUGAGACACGAGGCGAACCGAUCGACUUCGGAAGUCGACAGCGAGCGGCCGAUAUCGCCAUAGAGCUCGAAGGCAUAGUCAUGUAAGAUAGGCGUAUAAGAAACGACCGCUAUUUUGUAUGAAUCCCAAUGUCGUACAAAUGUUCGUCGUAAUCACAUAUCCCAGUCCCUGCGGUGAGUGAUUCGUAACGUCACGCAGAAUGUUCUUCAUUCCCGUUUGUCACCUCACUCGCUACGUGUAAACGUUCCUACUGGGCGAUAUUGAGCGCCGUAAAAGGCCCCGUUUGUAAUCUAGUCACAAUAAAAACCAAUUCUAUUCUAAA